CCAAACAGAUUUUUCUCAGUGUAUUUUUCGCGCGCAGUCCGUCGUGGGAAUAGGAGCGGUUUCGUGAUCCGCCCGCACAUCCCUCGUAGACGUAAAACUCGAUUCCGAAUGUACAUUACUGUCAUUAAUCGCACGUGCUUCGCUUUCAUUCACGCCGACUCCCUCCCGCCAGGCGCACGAUACGGGCGUCCGCGUUCGCGCCACGGUUGGCCAGCGGUGACGUGCCGGCGAAGCCCGUCGUGGCCCCGAUUGGCUGUCACUUACUCCCGCGUACUACUACCUCGAGCGCGAGGUCGAACCGGUCGCGCACUACGAAUAGAACCGAAGCGCGUCAGGUCAAGGCGCGCAACGCGGAGAGAAGCGAAGGCACCUCUUCGAGGGAAAGAGCCGAGAGAGUGUGCUUCCGACAAGGAGUUUGCGCGGAUACAACGACGACGACGGGCAGCGAGAGAGCGUGUUUGCGUCCCGCGACGCUCCACCAACAUGGCGGUGCCAGCGUACACGCAACCGCUAUUUUCGAAUCGUCGAGCUCGCGGGCCGCACGUCACUGUCAAUCACACCGUGCUCGUGAUACUGGCGUACGUGCUGUUGGCGAAAGAUGGUACGAGCGUUUCCUUGACUUACCAUUAUGUGGAUGAUGCGAAUUAUUACCAUACAACUAUCAACAAUGGCGAUAAUAUAAAUCCCCUGGAGAGAUUGUACUCGAUAUCCAAACAGAAGUGGCAUAAGGAUACAGUGGCACCAAUCUCCUUAUUGCCAUCUACAAAAGGAAUGCCUGCGAGAUCUCAUCACAGGAUCCGGCAGUCCAUGACAGAUGAUGCUGGAAUGGAUCUGCAAGUGGCACAACUCAGUACUCAGGCAAAUCAGGAAGUACAUUCCAGGACAUCUUUAUCAUGGGUAGAUUGGCAAUUGCCUCUCUUUAUAGCGCUCUGUGCCAUCGUUGGCACUAUUCUUUUUACAUUCUUGAUCCUGUUAUGGCUGCGGAAACAAAUGUCGCGUGAAAAAGAUACCGAGGAUGGCGAUCGGCAAGGUCUGGUAGAGGAAUGUGCUGCGUGUUGCCCGCCAGACAAGUUAGCUAAAGAGACAAAAGGACCCGUGGAAGCCGAAUGGGUUCACGAAGCAGCCGCAAAGCCGCCCGCUCCCGUGCAUCCCAUUCCACAACCAAUCCCUCAAGCGUCUGAUUUACCGGAGGUGAUGUCCGUGACGACGCCAGAACGUAGACCGGAUCCGAUCCGUAUAAAACCAAAGAAAUUGAUAGAACGGCGGGGUUCGAGCACAAGCUUAACUAUAGGACUGACGCCGGCUCCUGAGAGUCCACCCCACAUGGUCACUCCCACACGAGAGUGCACGGCGGAGGAAUUUUUACUGAGUGCGGGAAACGUACUUUCGCGAGCCCAACUGAAGAGAGCGGUCAACGAUCCGACGAUCUUGCACAAGGAAUUCUGGGAGGUGCCGUUGAACUUGCCGGAAAAGGUGGACAUUUGCGGCUCGGGGGUGAAGAAUCGAUACUGCUCCGUCUUGCCGAAUCCGCAAUCGAGAGUGAUCUUGCCGGGCUCCUCCGACGACCCUCUCGCCGGUUACAUAAACGCCAACUACAUUCGAGGAUAUGAUGGCGAGGAUGCUAGAUACAUCGCGACACAGGGACCAUUAGCUCACACGAUAGCAGACUUCUGGAGGAUGAUCUGGGCGAAUAAAGUAUCGGUGAUCGUCAUGAUCACCAGACUGCAUGAGGCGUCCAAAGCGAAGUGCGACGCAUAUUUUCCCUUUGACGUGAACAGUCGUAUACAGGCAGGACCUUUCACCGUCAUCGUCAACUAUAUCGAUACGAGAGACGGCUACACCGUUAGAACCCUCGAAAUCAGGCACGAAGGGGAAAGACGACACUUGCAACAUUACUGGUAUGACUCAUGGCCAGACCAUGCUGUACCUCAAGCUGCAGAUGCACUCGUUGGUAUGGCGGCGGAAGUAAACUCUUUACUAGGGCCAAUCGUCGUCCACUGUAGCGCAGGCAUCGGACGUACCGGCUGUUUCAUAGCGUUAGCGAUAGGAAUGACUCAACUUCUCAGAGACGGAAACGUCGAUGUGUUAGGCAUCCUGUGUCAGAUGAGAUACGACAGAGGAGGCAUGGUGCAAACAGCCGAACAAUAUGAAUUUGUUCACAGGGCACUUAAUCUCUUCGAGCAGAUGCUAGAUAACAAACCGUCGACUUCGACGAGUAGCGUCUGAAUGGAUCUUCUGAGGAGUGUUUCUCUGUCUCUUCUCCCAAAGGAGGAAAUCACUAUCGCCUGCGAGAAUAUCACUUUCGUCCAGGUGCGCAUACGUGUCUGCCGCUGUAAGGGUGUUUAACUUCUAAUGAAUCUCAAUAUUAGCCUGUGAACCGGCGGUCCCAAUCUGGAUAUUCGGACGAGUUAAGACUCGUUUAAUAUGCUGCCAUUUAAUAUACUGCCAUGAUAAAUCGUUGACAAUUAAAUAAUCGUUCGCACAGCUCAAAAGAAGAACGAGAGAAUUUCGCCGUUGGAGAGCAAAUUUUCUAAGCAGGUGCUUUUUAAAACUGCAUCACAUAAUAGUUUAAACGAACAACGGAAUUUCAUUUCAUUUAUAGUGACACGCGAUAUGAAUCGUACGAUACGUACGCUCGACUUGAGAAACGGGGGAGAUUAUUUUACAAAUUGAAAAGCUAAAAAUAAUCUCCGGACGUGGCGGUAACGUACUUGCGACUACGUAUCGUGAAAUUUCUACUUAAAAAGAAAAAAAGAGAAAAAAAAGAAAAGAAAGCAGUAACUGGACUUGAGAUCUGAUUAUCUCCGUACAUUCCUCGUGUGUACUAUAAAAUAGCUAAGAUAAAUCUUGAUGAACACUCUCUGAGAUACACAAAUAUGUAAUUGAGAACGGUGUCGCGAUUUUAAUAAGGUGAACGCGAGAUUCUUCGCUUGUAGCGUCACGACGGAGUAAAAUAUGUGACAAAAUUUACCAAGCCGACGUGCAUGAUGAAUUAAAGUUAUCGUAAUUACUAUCUUUAAUGGCAUAUAGCUAAAUGUGUGAAAUUGUGACGAGUAACAUUUGAAAUAAUUACUAAUUUAUGGGACCCAGAGAAAUAAUUAGAUACUGUCCUACUUCCAGUUCCUAUUUGAUUUUGAAGUAUCUCUAUGAUUUUUACGACUUUUAUUUAAUUCAUCAACUAAGACUGAACACGGGUAGUACAAUAUAUAAUAAUUAUUUAGAUUAUAAAUCAAUUUAACGAUAUACAUAAAAGAAAAGCAGAAUCUUCUUAUAGCAGUUAGAAGUAUAUUCACCUGAUUCGGAAAAAGUGUACACGAUAAGGCAAUUGAAAAUUUAUAAUAUAAUUCUUGCCUUGUAUUUUAUGAACAAAGAUAUAUUUAAUUCGUUGAUUUCAAUUAUUGAUUAAUAUAUAUGGAAAAAAAGAUUGAAUAUAUUAUAAUAUAAAUAUUUGUAUAAACUCAAAAACGCAAACGUUUUGUGUACAAUUAUUGGUGGAUACUCUAAAUUUGAUUACUUUCCUUGAAAAUUAAUAUCUAACAUCCACACACACACACAUAUAUACACACUUUAGUGAGUUAACAUGAAGUAAAUUUGUGGAUGGCAAUAAACAAUUAUUACACAAUCACAAGCGUUCUAUUGGUCGAGUAAACAUUUAUUCAUUUGGUUGCUAGUAUUUCUCAGAUACAACUUCCUAGUUAGUAGGAUAAUAAUCAACACCAAUAGUGUAAACUUGGAUAACACCUAAAAUCCGUGGUGUAUGUUGUGCGCAUUUUAAGAUGCUAGCAACUAGCUUGUUGUGCUUGCGGUCCAGCUUGUGGACCGCAGUGACUUACCUUCAAUAAACUCAAAUUUAAAAUCGAACAGCUAAAACAGCUAAGGACAAACUGUAUCUGGUUUUUGUGUGUAUGCAACAGAUGUAUAAUGGAACAACAGUUACGUAUCUGUUGUAAGGAAAGCAGGAUAUCUUUCAAUAUAUCUAGACAAUUCGCAUCGCUUGUAACUGAAUGAAUUAUUGGUAAAAUGCCUGGAAAAACACAUAUACAAAUAUACAUGCAGUAUAUGUAUAUACGACUGCACCUACACGUGCAUGUGUAUACCAACAUAUAUGCACACAUAUAAAUGAGUAUGCACAGGUGUGUGUAUAUAUGUAUAUGUAUGUACAUGUAUGCACAUAUACUAUGUACAUAGAUACAUUGUACAGAGAGAAUAAACAAAAAUAUAUAUAUAUAUUUAAGAGAAUAUGUAUUUGUGUAAGAUAAAAAUAUAUAUAUAUUAUUUAUAAAUGCGCAAAGCCGCAAGUGACUUAGCAAGAUGUAUCAACAAACGACGACGAUGAAUACAACAAUAAUAAUAAAGAUAAUAAUAAUAAUAGUAAUAAUAAUAAUUUAGCAACCCCUCGGUGUUCAAUUGUACUUAUGUGAUGUAAUAAAUGUUUAUAGUAUCCGUG